GUACUGCUCAAAGGAAAAAGAAUAACAACCCGGUCGAUCUUGUCCAUUUCCCGUGCGCCAUUUCCAUUUCCCGUGCUUUUUGUGGCAGAGAGUAGAGCAGCAGUCAUAACUGGGGAUUUGAUGGUUUGUGAUGUUGGAUGCGCAUUUGUGUUUUGAGUUCUGCUGUCCCUUUUCAAAGAUCAGAUCUAGUUUCUUUCUCGGGGUAUUGCUAUAAGAUCCGAGGUUACCAAUUUUGUUGCUUGCGAUCUCCAUCAUCAGUUUUUGCGACUAGACAAGGGAUUUAGGGCUCUCUGCAUCAUCCUGUUCUUAUUAUUCAAACCCCGGACCCGGGUGGGCGCUAGCAGCAGGGUAGUUUGUUCGCUGAUUUGGGAUUCUUGAGCUAGUUUCAAGAAUUUGGAAUGUGAAUAUUUACAACUAACCAGUAGUAGUGGUCCGGGUUCCGGAGGGAGGGGGGGAUCAGGAGGAGGAAGAGGUCGAUACUAAGAGCAAUUAUGUUUUGGAGGGAUAGAGGAACCACAGCAACAUCAAGAAGCAGCACCAGUAGUUUUAGUAGUAGCAGAGACAACAGCAGCAGAGAGCACAAUGGCGGGCCGCCUUAUGGCCAAGUUCGAGUUCUUAUCAUUGGAGAUUCAGGUGUGGGGAAAAGUUCUCUUGCUCAUCUGAUUGUCAAAGGUUCUUCCAUAACUCGCCCUUCCCAAACAAUCGGCUGUUCUGUUGAAGUCACGCAUAUAACUUACGGAUCAUCUGGCAGCUCAUCAAAUAACAUUGAAGGUGACAAGGAGAGGGAUUUUUUUGUUGAGCUUUGGGAUAUAUCAGGACAUGAAAGAUACAAAGACUGUCGUUGUCUAUUCUAUUCACAAAUCAAUGGUGUUAUUUUUGUUCAUGAUCUCUCACAGAGAAGAACAAAGUCAAGCUUACAGAAGUGGGCUGCAGAGAUUGCAGCAACUGGGACAUUUUCGGCCCCUCUUGCAUCGGGAGGGCCUGGAGGCCUCCCAGUUCCUUACAUUGUUAUUGGGAACAAAGCAGAUAUUGCUGCGAAAGAAGGAAUAAGAGGUAGCAGUGGCAAUCUUGUAGAUGCAGCACGUCAAUGGGUUGAGAAGCAGGGUUUGCUUCCUUCAAGUGAGGAACUCCCACUGACUGAGAGUUUCCCAGGAUCUGGUGGCCUUGUAGCAGCUGCAAAAGAAUCCAGAUAUGACAAAGAAGCUGUGAUGAAGUUCUUUCGUAUGUUGAUCAGGAGGAGAUACUUUUCAGACAGUUUACCUGUUACAAGUUCAUGGUCUAGCCCACUUCAUGGAGCAUCCCAUAGAUCGGAUGAAAUUUCUAGUGAUGACGAUCAUUCGUACAAAACUUCAAGUUUGGCUGCUGACCCUUACAAAUAUAAUGCGCUUCCUCCACUACCUGCUCAACGCAAUCUCACCCCCCCUCCCACGCUCUACCCACAGCAGCCCAUGACCACACCCGACAAUUAUAACAUCCCUAGAUUUGCCUUAAUGGGUUCCCAGGAGAUGAGUAGUGCCAGAUCAAAGCGCAAAGAUAUUAAUGUUUGAUUAUCUUGGUCAUUGAUUCGUCUUCUUCUUCAAUAGCAUUUGGCCUGCUGAAAUAUUUUUACUUUCACUUGCCAAUUAUUGGUGCAUUCAUUCUUUGGCCGGGGUUAAGGUGUUCACUGUAUAUUGCAGUAUGCAGAACUGUGUAGUGAGUGAUGAUGAGUCACUUGAAUACCUAGGCAAUUUUGUUAUCUUGCUCAAUUCCAUUGUUGCGUUCUCAUUCGUCCAUUUUCUACACCUCUAGUUCAGUGAUGUAAAUCUAUGAAAAAAAACCCUUCCGAGGGAAGUGAAGAAACAAACGUGUUUUUGGAGCUCUUUUCUUUGCAAGAAAUACUAAAAAUUCAAAGCGAUUACUUUUUCUUGA